AUGUCUGGGACUGCCGGUGUCUCACGGCAAUGGUCCGUCUCGAACAAGUUGAGAGGAGCGGCACACCCCAUGGGCCCCGAUGUGAGGUCUCGCGCUGAAGACAUGCCAUUCGAACCUUGUGCGUCAACGGCGUCUCUUGUCCUGUUUGCGCAAGGCUCUACAAUUCUGUGUCUACACCACGACACCUUGGCAGUCGAAAGACGGUUCGAGAAGCACUCAAAAGACAUUCAGUUGAUUGCGGCCGACAGCGUCAGCGAGACCGGUACUGGAAGGCUGGUGGUGAGCUAUGAUGUAGCACAAACCGCCAUAGUCUGGGACCUGUUGACGGGCGAGCAAUUAUCGCGGUUUGUGUCAUACGAGACUCUGAAAGUUGCUCAUUGGAUGAGAAACGGAAACAUCGUCUUUGGCAACGCGAAAGGAGAAGUCAUUCUGUUUGAGCCUCCGACAAGUGAUCACAUUUCGGCGCGCACGAUUUUCGACCCUAUCACGGCGAUAGCUCCCUCGCAAGAUUGUAAAACUUAUGCCAUCGGGUACAACAACGGUUCCAUCCUUCUGGCAGCCUUGCAACCAUCCUUCACCAUCUUGCACACUUUGACAACAUCUCGCGCUCCGUCUCCCAUAGCAUCCUUGACAUGGCACGCAUCCUCCUCGAAGCAGAAGUCGGACAUGCUUGCGACCCAGACAGCGGAUGGAGACCUCAGAGUCUGGAGUGUCUCAAAGCCCCCGACAGCAGAAGCUCCUCGAGUGAUUCGCGCUCUGAAACGUUCUGAUACGUUUGUGCCAGGCCGAAACUGGAUCACCUGGUCCAAGAAUGGUCGUAUCGUGCAGUUUUCCGAAGGCAAGACUUGCGCAUGGGACGUGCGAACCAAGCAUGUCACCUCGGCACCUAUUCCUACGGUUGAUGGAGUGAGAGGAAUUGCUGCUCAUGGUCCGACUGGCACACUCUUCACCCUGGGUCCCGACUAUACCGUGCAGCAGUACGAUGUCGAAAGAGCUGUUAUGGUGGCGAAUGUACGCCACAUGCCUAUUACCAUUCCCCCAACCCCGCCGGAGGAAGGUAGAGGCCCGAUGUGGACUACCCCCCAGAGCGAGGAGGAUUUAGCAUCUGCUCCUGCGCAUACCCGUCGAGACCUUCGUGCCAACGAAGUAGGGAGGCAUGAAUGGAAAGACACCCAUGUCCCAAGUCCUCAGUCCACCAAGGCGGGAUCACAGAAUACAGGCCUGAAGCUUGGAGGAAGCGAUAUGGUUUCACCAGCUGGAAGAACAGAAUACACAACUACAACCUUUGAUACCGGGGUACAAUCCCAGUCGACGUUGAAUCAGCCUGUCCAAUCGUUCAACCAAGGAUACCAACAACAAUCCCCUGUCACUGCCAAGUCCACCAAAAAGGGUUCUCGGUUGCGACAAGAGGUUGUGAUGAGCCCUGAAGAGCAGCCUGUCGUGGAUCUGCUCCCGUUUACCAGAGCUCGCCUGCACGAUGUCCCAUACCGACAGCCAGCAUCAAUGGACGAUGCCCUCCUGACACCACAUGAUUUACGACGGCAGAUGCUCAAAGUUGUUUUUGGCUGGGAGGAAGACAUUCAGGACCUUAUCCGAGAUGAGUUGAGUCGUCAUGCGAACGGAAGCCAAAACGCCAUCUUCCUGGCGAAGUGGCUGGACGAGGAUCCAGACUACCUCGCAGAGAUCUUGGGCUCAACAGGCCUGACUUCAAACCUUGAUUGGAUGUUGUUGGCAUUAGGUACCAUCAGCAAUCAGGUCGGAGCGAAGAAGAUCACCCAGGUCUUUAUUGAGAAAUUGCUGAGUAAGGGCGACGUCCAUGCCGCAGCCACUCUAUUGCUUGCCCUCGGCGACCGAAGUGAUGCCAUUGAGGUUUAUGUCACGAGGAACCAAUAUAUGGAAGCGGUACUGCUAACCUGUCUAGUCACUCCAGAUGAUUGGCAACGACAGUCGUACUUGGUGCGCCGAUGGGGUGAGCACGUCGUCGAGAAUUCGCAGCAGGCGCUUGCUAUCAGGUGCUUCUCAUGCACAGGAGUCGAGCCGUCGGAUCCCUGGACAUCUCCUCAAGCGCAGAUAGCCACACAAUCCUUGCUGCAACCAGUCUUGAGUCCUGCGAUGCCGCAAGUGGAACCGCUCCAACCCCUACAGUACCCAGCUAUAUUUCAUAAAACAUUGGAAAGGAGACGAACACUGGAUACUCCGACGCCGGUAGCCAUGCCACCUCCACCUUUGUUGCCAGCACAGCCGCCGCCUCACGCCCCAUACAGAACUGCUACCGCGCAGGGGACAAGCGCCGCACCACAAACGGCAGCUCUCAAACUUGUCACUUCAUUCGGAUCCCAGAGCAGCAACACGUUCAAAUUUCCGGGAUUGAAGCCCGAUGACCGCACUCCAACUGUUGGUGCCGCAGUUACACCCAUUGCGGAGUCCGCCAUUGAUCGAUCUGCCUUGUCACCUGGGGGCCUCGGGUCGUAUCGUCUAAACAAUACCCGGAGCAUAAAUAGCGCUCUUUCAGGCAAAACAGCGACUCCAGGUGGCUUUCAACCGAGCAGACUACCAUCAAUUGGGGAGACGCCUGUUGACGUCGAAGCGCCCCAAUUCCCAAGUGCAAUUCCUCCGCGGUCUUUCUCGGUGCCUGUGGAGUUGGCGGCAACCAAACCAGGGGACAACGAUGGAUUGACCACUUCCAUCAACCAUACCAGCCAGGUGGGAAAGCAGGGGCUGAUGUUGCUCACUUCCGCACGCUACGAACCGGUCGCCACUCCAAUCGGGGAGACGCCUCAGACCGCUCUUGGACCACAUACAGCAGUCAGGUUUCCCGACUCUACCUCACGCGUUGCUGCUCGUGAUGCAGGCGAGAUGGACGUCUCCCGUGUCAGAACAGGCUCAAGGAGUCGCAAGCCCGACGGGCUUUCCAUCCAAACUUCUGUGAACGAAGUCAAGGCUCGGCAGGAGUCCUUACCGGCAAACAGCUACGCCGAGUCGAUAGGCAGACCGACAACAACUGGGUCUUACACCAAUACGCAGCUCGAGACCUCGAUCGAUCUCACAAGUGCGCCAACCACUGGCCAGAGCCACCGCAGCGUGAAAAGCCCCAUGGUCACAGCCAGAAGCAUGGAUCCCUUUAUCAGCAGCCUCGAGCAGGCUCAAUAUCUCGGUAAACAUUCACGGGCACGAGGUUACAGCAGUAACAGCAAGAAUUCAAGAGAAGACCUUUCCGAUAGAAAAAAAGGCCGGGCCACCAAUGCUGACGAAGGUAGCGGAAGGGAUGCUCGGCGCACCAUUCCGGCGGCCAAGCGUUCUCCCUCUUCACCUAUCCCGAUGUCGCCUGAAGACGUUCGAAUGUAUAGUACCAGCGUCGAGAGCUUCGAAUCAAUGUACGGCUCGAACCUGUCGGGCAUGGAUCGCACAUCUACACCUGCCAGCAUCUCCAAGCUCAGCCGACAUGGUUCUCAGUCGACGACAACUGGCACAAAGCAUCGUCACAGAUCCCACUCAAGGCGCACCGGCACGAGAAGCAAAACAGGUAGCCGUGGUACAAGCCGGCAACAUAGUCCAGAUAUCACCUUGAUUUCACCGAGGGGUCGAAGCUCUUCUCGACAGGAGAAUCCCGGGCAUCGAUCUCCAUCUUCCCCACGGCCAAUGAUCCCUUCUGAAGAAGACCGACGGAGCCGCUUCGACGAGGGUUCGGCCAUGAGGCUGGUGUCUUUGGAUCGCCACCGCUUGCAGCGAAGUACUAGUCGACAACCUGAGCGUGGCACAAGUGCCAGACAGGACCCGUCUCCUGAUCGCCGAAGGCCCAGGACGCGAUCGCGCAGUCGAAGGGCCGAGGAGGCUUCCCUUUACAGAAGGAGAAGUCGGAGUGAGGGUAAGAAACGUCGGCGCCGUCCGAGCGAGGUGACUUCUGAGCGGAGUGCCCGAGGCAACAUGAACCUGAUGCCCGAGACUUUGAGUCAGGAGGAUGCUGAGUCCAGUAGCCAUCCUCAAUUUUCGACCAGCCGGAGCCGGCGAGAAUUUGCAGCUGAACGGCUCGAGGCUCGCCGCCAAUCACUAGCACGUCGGCCCUCUGCCCCGAAUGUGCUCCUUCCCAGCCAGCUGGCCUACCACUCCAAGUCGGCUUCGACGGGCAAUGCGCCACCUCUGGCCAGAGCUUACACAGACGAUUCAAGCACCCGGGCCUUGGGUCAUGAGCAGCAGACAGGUGUCGACAUGUCAUGGAUCAUUGCUGCGAAAGACCGGUCAGGAACACCGAGAACAAUGCCGGAGGCGGCCAUCAUCCCCGAAGGAGAACCGGGCUUCGCAACUACCACGGUAGAACUACUGGCGAGCGAUGUAUAUCGACCACCGACACGAGACGUCCCCAGCAGACCAGGGUCAGCACGAGCCGCUGCAUCUGUGGAGGUUCUGUCUCACAUGCCUAAACAUCCUGCGUAUGACAGCCGUAUCGGCAAUAGCAGAGCAAGCAGUAAGGGACCUGAGGGACGAGGGUCAUCUCGCAGUCGGGGAACCUCCAAAGAUCGGACACGCGCCUCACCACGCGAUGCACCUCCAAUGUCAGUAGGUCCGGCUGAAGGAGUAUCUUACACGGGUUCGCCCCCGCAGCAACACCCUCCUAUCCUCCCGGAACUGCAGCACUUGGCCGCUCCUCCGCCACCGCCGCCUCCUCCCAAGUUGCCAAUGUUACUCAACACUCUCAGCCUGUCGAAUCUACGUGCAUUUGAGGCGGAAGCCGUGGAUGUUCCUCUACCGAUGUCCGCCGACCCGGGAGGCCUCUCUGAGGCGCCCUACAGCGGACGCUCCCUCUCUGCGGCCUCGAUGUCGACUGGCCACCGGCGCGGGAGGUCUGGCAACGAGACCAGUGGCGGCCCCAACCAGCUGCUGGGCAAAAUCCGAAACCUGGCCGGUCGCGUGCGCAGCCCGUCGAGGGGCCGUCGAGGCGACGACAAUCAAGCAAUGAGUCCUCGCUCCAACACCGAUCAAAUCGCGCCAUAUGAAAGCAUUCUGUCCGCCAUGACGUGA